AUGAACAUCGCUAACAGUCAUUUCAGCGUUGUCGCACGCUCCGGAGUGCCUGUCAUGCACGCUGCUGUCUUACCUCCCUCAGGCAAAGUAUUGUUUCUGGACAAAGUUGAAGACUACUCAGAACUGCGACUGCCGAACAAUCGUUGGGCAUAUUCCGCGCUCUACGAUCCCGAUACGCACCAUCUUACUCCACUGUCUGUCGCGACAAACCCCUUUUGCUGCGGCGGGACCUUUCUGGCGGAUGGCCGGCUUAUCACCGUCGGUGGGAACGCUCCCUUGCUCUGGCUCGAUCCAACAGUCGAGGAUGGGUUUGAUGCGAUUCGGUACAUUGGAGAUGAAGAUGGCAACUAUCAAUGGAAAGAGCCCGGCAAUAAGCUGGCCUCCAACAGAUGGUAUGCAUCCGCACAGACCCUGGCGGAUGGCACCGUUUUCGUGGCAGCGGGCAGUUUGAACGGACAAACCCAGAACAACUUCAGCAACAAUAACCCCACCUACGAGAUUCUUGAUACGAACGGUGUCAGCGAAGGCGAAAAUAUACCGAUGGAUAUCUUGAUCAACACAAUGCCGUACUAG